UUAUACAUGUUAUAUGAUCAGCUUGGUGUGGCAGUUUUUGCUGGACUGGGUGUCAUGACUCUGUCUUUUCCUUGUAAUGCUGUGAUUGGCCAUUUCAUGAGAAAAUACCAAAUAAAACAGAUGAAGCUUAAGGAUAAAAGAAUGAAACUCGUGGCUGAGGCUCUGUCAGGGAUAAAAGUAAAGUGUCUUUUAUGCUUUAGGAGAAUUUUUUCAAUAUAUUUUUAAAGAAACUGAUGGAAAUUUUUAUAAAUCUUUUUGAGCAUAUAGUAUCAAAAGGAUAACAGCUAAAAUAUGUUAAAAUAGUUAAUCUUAUAUUUAUUAUAGUUUUUUUGCUUCAUGUUAAAAUAUUCAAAAAUAAAAGUAUCAGUGCAGAAAAAAUGUGAAAUUUAAUUAACAAAUAUUAGUUGCAAAAAUUGUUUAUAUUUUGAAAAGGCCUUCUAACAAUCUAUAUGUCUAUAUUCUAUAAUACAUGCUUGUUUUGUUAUCUCCAAAUCUCCAAGUAGAUGUUUUAUUUACUAAAUAAUAAUUUAUUUGUUUUAUUUUGAUGAAGGUUAUCAAAUUAUAUGCAUGGGAAGAAUCCAUUGAGCAGAAGGUGGAAGUCAUCCGCAAGAAAGAAUUGGGAAUAAUCAAGAAAUUUUCUUACAUAAUUGCAGCUAUUUACUUUAUAUUCAACACAAUGCCCUAUUUGGUAGGUUAAGUGGUCUUAAGAAGAAUUAAAUUGUCUAACAGGGCUAGUCAUAAUAUCAAAGUGUAUUUCUAGAUCAAAGACAAUGAAAUUUCUGACAUAAAAUGUAUUUAUUUCUAUACAGGUCCAGCUGACAUCAUUUUGGGUAUAUAUAGCUAUCUCUGAUGAUGGUUACUUGAGUCCAUCUACCGCAUUUGUAUCUAUGCAGCUAUUUAAUCUGCUCAAUUUUCCCUUGUCUUCCAUGUCGGUUAUCAUACCAAUAUUUGUACAGGUAAUUGACAUUUGGCGUAAAUGUUAUAGAUUUCAGGGGGAAAAAAACCUUCAAAAAGGAGCAACAUAGGCCUACGAUAUAUGUUUUUUUUAUAGAUUUGUUUAUUAUUUCAUAAACUGGAAUCAGGCUGGACAGGAAUAAUUUUAUUUAGCAUAACAAUAAAAAAAAUAUAAACCUAAUACUGAUGAAUUGAGGUUAAAUUUGUUACAUGGACUAAAUUUCCCUUUACAGAGCAUUAAACCACACUAAACAUGUUAGUUUAUUUCAUUUGUAUUUUUAAGAAAAAAUAGUGUUUGUUUUAUUUUUGUUAGGAAUAAUGAAUAUUUUAAAUUCUGGAAUAAAUUCUCAGGCUGGUGUUGCCAUCACCCGUCUAGGUAAAUAUCUCAACAAUGAAGAUAUGAAACCAGACAUGAUUUGGAGAGAUCCUCAAGCAGGUACCAAUAUCAAUUUUAAUAUUGAUUUUAAAAUAAACUUUAUUACUAAUAUAUACUCUGUUGUUUAUUCUAGCAACAAUAAUAAGAUAUUGAAAAGCAAAUUUUAAAUUUCAGAAUAUGCAGUCCAAAUAAUGAGUGGUGAAUUUACUUGGCAAAAAGGAAAUGAAAUACCCACCUUAAGAAAGUAAACGUUUCAUUUACCAAAGUUUCAUUGCUCUUUACAUAUCUGUCAAAUUUCUUAAUAACUUAAGUUAUUGAGGCUUAAGGCACUACUCUAGAGUAGCCAUUACGUCACCCUGUCACUUAUUUCUCUAUGUCAAUGUAAAAUGUUACUAAGCAACUGGACAUUUUUUAUUUUAAUGCAUUAUAAUUUUUAAAUCAUGUUUUUCAUAGAAUUGUAUCUUUAAGUUUUAUAAUGCAAUUUAAUAAAAUUUAUAGGUUAGUUGUUCUCAGAAAAUCAGUCUCCAAUAACAAAAUGUGUUUUGUUCAACAGCAUAAAUUUAGAAGUGAAACAAGGAAGUCUGGUGGCCAUUGUCGGUUCAGUUGGUUGUGGCAAGUCUUCUUUACUGUCAGCCAUCUUGGGAGAAAUGGAGAAACUGAAAGGAAGUGUUAUCAUUAAAGUAAGAUAAAAAAACAAAACAUUUCCUACAUGGCAUAUGGCAAUAAUUUUAAAAAACUUUAAAUAUUAUAUUUAUUGAGGGAAGGUAGACUUCACUCACAGAUUUGGGUAUAGUAUAUUCUAACUAAAAUUUCAUUACUUUUUAUUUAGGCCAACAAAAGACAAGAAGAUUUUUAACUUAGCUCAAGAAUAUAUUUUAUUUCAGCCAACUUAAUAAAUGAAUUUUUUUUUAAUUAUUUUUUAACCACUAUACGACACUAAUUUUGAGACAACUGAUGAAAAGAUAGAUAACUCAACGCUGUAAGAACAAACACUAUACAACAAAGACAGGCAACUGAUCAAUAUGUAAGGUGUGCAGUAGAAUGACCACACUCCUCUAUACUCUUUGUCCUGUUGCUGACUACUAGGCUUUAUAUCUUGAGAAGGGGGCCAAAUCCCAUGAAGCUAAGAUAAUAACCACAGCUGAGACACGCAGGCUUGUCCGAAAGAGCAACAUUAGGUCAUCGUCUGAAGCAACUAUUCCAUGCCCACGGUGUCAUAGAUUAUUCCGAGCAAGGAUCGGUCUAACAAGCCACCUAAGAGCUCACCGUAAUCCCAACCCCCCCGCCCGCCCCUAACCGGAUGAUUCGAUGGUCCUUGUCGACUUCGACGGACGAACAACAACAUAUCUUGAGAAUAUAAAAGUUGUUUUUUUACAUGUCUGUUGAAACAAAUGGAAAUUAUUUAAGAUAAAUUAGAAAAUUUAUUCCACAUUAUUUUUUGGUUUCUUCAAUAUUAAGCAUUAAAGCAUCAUUAUGUUUUUUUAGAAUUCAAUAGCAUAUGUGCCACAAGAAGCUUGGAUACAGAAUGCCACACUGAGAAACAACAUUCUGUUUGGAGUAGAAUUCAAUCAAGAGAUGUACAAUAAAACUAUUGAAGCAUGUGCAUUGACUGCAGACUUGGAGAUUCUUUUAAGUGGGGAUUCAACUGAAAUUGGAGAAAAGGUUUCUAAAAGAUUUCAUUUGCCAAAAUAUGGAAUUAUUUAUUUGAUUUCAUAAAUAAGCCUGGUAUCUAUUGACUAACUUAAUUUUUAAGACCUGUACUAAUUAUUUAUUUUGACUUACAUGUCAUUGCAUUUCUAAGGGUAUCAACAUUUCUGGUGGACAGAAACAGCGCGUGUCAUUAGCCAGGGCCGUGUACAGCAACAAUGACAUCUACCUGUUGGAUGACCCACUUAGUGCGGUUGACAGUCAUGUGGGAAAACACAUCUUCCAGAAGGUCAUUGGGCAAAAUGGAGUUUUAAAGGAUAAGGUUAGACUAGAAUGGAAUUUUAUUCUUGAAAAUAAUUUUGGAUUACGAAGUCCCAAAACAUGAUUGGAAACAUUUAUCAAGUGCAAUUAUCUCACACAUGAAUUUUUUUCCCUUUUUGAGGUAAAAAUAAUAUUUUACAUAAAAUAAUUUAUCCUGAAAUUUAAAAGCUGUGUAUUAUUUUCUUGUAAGGCUACAAUUACUUUAUUUUGAUUGUUAUUUUUAAACAUUUCUGAUAUGAUUAAAAAUAAUGCAUAGUUUUUUUUCUUUCUCAUAAGUAUGGACAAAAUAGAUUUGAAGGAGACAGGGGACAUCAAUGUGGUAUUUCUAAAAUUUUAUCAUCAUUCCAGUUUAAAAUAUUAUUUUUUGCAGACUCGUAUUCUUGUGACCCAUGGUAUCCACUGGCUACCAAUGGUGGACACAAUCAUCGUCAUGUCCAAUGGGACCAUCAGUGAGGCUGGGACAUAUGAAGAUCUAUUAGCAAGGAAUGGAACCUUUGCUCAGUUUCUGAAAGAAUAUGUGCAGACAGAUAUGAACACAGACAUGGAAAAUGAUCCAGAGAGUAAGUCCAGGGACUACUCUUCUUUAAUAACAUUCAAAGAGUUCUGUGAGCUCAUUAAAAUUUUCAAACUAUCCUAGGCCAGGAGAUUAAUCAAUAAUUAUUCUACCAAUUAAAUCAUUAAUUUUUCCCCAGUUAAAGCAAUGAGGAGGUCAAUAUUCAAGAGAUUUGAAGCCACAGAGAAUGAGGAUGAAAGUGUUUCAUUGCCUGAAGAAGAGGACAGGUAACAUUUUAGAUGUGGCUGUUUAUCCUGUGCUGUUAUUUUAUAUUGUUAUAAAAGUAACACCACUACUUAAAAAUAUACAUUGAAAUAGAAUACAUAUUUUAGUUCAAUUGUUAAUUAUGAAAAAAUAUUUAGUAUAGGUCUUUUUGGCUAAUUUUUUAUUUUAUUUAAUCGAAUAUUUUUUUAAAGGUUUAUUUUUGUUCAACACAAUUUUUUUCUGUAUGGAAGAAAAAAAUUUUCCAAUGGUUGAUUUAUAAUAUAAUAAUCACAGUUGGAACAUGUUGCUUUUGCAAGAGCUAACUAAAGUUUACUGUCAAUUAUUGGUUUAUGAUUUCCCACAUCAUACAAUUGUCAAACUGCAUUUUUUUAUUUCUUCCAUCAUAAGUAAACUUUCAGAAACAGUAGUGAAGGACAAGUUUGAAAAUAUGAAGGAAUCAUCUGUAGAUGAACCAGCCAUUGCAUUACUUGCACCUGCAGGAGAAAAAUUGAUUGAAAAUGAGCUUGGAGCAACUGGCAAAGUUUGUAUCAAUUAA